AUGGCUGAUACAGCUAGUGGCUGUUGUAAGUGGGAAGUUGAGAAAGUAGGAUAUAUAAAGUUAUUUAAUUUAUGUCUGUUAGCAAUGAUAAACUAUUACUAACGAAAACUGAUUUUGGGUGAGGUUCAUUUAUAAAUGAUUUAUACAUUUUGUUUCAAAAAAUAAAAUUGUGUAAAAUGUAUUUUUGUUUUUAUAAGAGUUUUAAAAUCAAAUUUUAAGGAAAACCGUGAUUAUUACGGCAUUUCAAAAUACUUGUAUGAUCGGAAUUUUCUCCGAAUAGAUAUUCGUAUUUUAUUAGGUUUAUUGUUAGUUAUUGGUAUAAAUUAAAUCACUUUAUAUAUCCCACCUUCCUCACUACCCACCUGCAACAGUGGCCACACCCGUCCUCAAUAUCAGCUUUUUUUUAAAUUUGAUAUAUUUAUAUUCAUUUUAAAGUCUAACAGUCACUAUAUUCAUACAGAUAACCCGUAAUAGGGUUAUAUUCGAAAUGUAUAACUAUUAUUAUUAAGUUUUAAAUUUUUGUACAUUGUCUUCAACCAUAUAAGUUUAAAAUAAAUUUAUUUUUAUAGUUACGUUGAAUGGAGUAUGCAUGAGCCGUAUUCGGGUGUUUACGAUUUCAAAGGUCAAGCCGACCUAGAGCACUUUUUGAACUUAGCGGAACAAGAAAAAAUGUUAAUACUACUCAGACCGGGUCCAUUUAUUUCGGCCGAAAGAGAUUUCGUGAGUUUAUGUAUAGUUGACUACGUCAUUAAUUAAUAUGUAAUUUAGUUGAAUAAUGUAAUAUUAUGCAGACAAUAAUUAUUUGUUCUGUACUGUUGCAAUAAUUGCGACCAAAAACAUGCAAAAUCAAUUAGAUAGACAUAUUAAGCGAUUUUUCAUACUAAUUAAGAAUAUACAAUUCAUUAUCAUAAAUUAAAUUAAUAGUUUUUAUACGAAUACACGUGGAUUGAAUUUAAAUAUUAUUAAAUUAUGAAUAAUUUAAACAUUUUAGUAACUUAUUUAAAUUUUAUAAUUAUUCAGUCUAAAAACUUGAUGUAAGUAAAAGAAAAUUUAAUUUACAUUUAAUACUGGCAUAAAUUCACGUGUCACCUCAAGAUCAUGUCAUUCUCGACUAGGUUUAUCGGUUUAUGACACAAAUAAAGUAAUAAAGUAAUAAAGUAAUAUUAUCGUCUCUGGCUGAUAUUUCAACGAGACGGUAACAUUUAACUAGUUAAAUUUAUCGGAUAGGGGAAAGUGGGGGUCAAAUAUCAUGAAUGUCAAUUUUCGUAGUUACACUUAGGGACGAACCGAAGGUGCGUUAUAAGGGGAUGCGGCACCCCCCCAUUCCGCAAUAUAAGAAUUUCAAUCGGCAAUCGUCACUAGGUAAAUUUGAUUGAUUUAUAUUUAUUAAUAUUCAAAGUUAUGAAAUAAUUAUUUGAAAACGAGAAAAAGAAAAUGUAAUAAUGAUUUAAUAUGAUUUGUUAAACCAUAAAUAUGUUAAGAUUAUUUUAACUUGAUAUUUCUGGGAGACUACACGGGGCAACUUAGCGAGAGUCGGUACAAGAUAAUUAAACCUUCGUUUCGUUUCAUGGUAUCGUUAAUUAUGAAUCAUUCAAGUCAGGAAUGUAUUACUCUACAGACGUUCGGCAUCGAUGAAGCACCACAGAGUUCGAUUGAGAAGAAAUAAUUAUUAAUUAAAUAAAUUAUGUUUACAUGGAAACAAAAAGAGACGAACAAACACCGUAUGAUGGGCCACUGUUAUAAGUGAGAAUUUGGCUAGGUAGAGAAAUGUAAUGUAUAUCUGUAUAUAAUGAUCGAUCUUUGCUAAUGAAAAACGAUUCUGAGCGGAGUUCGGUUAUACAUGUUUUGUAAUAAUAUUUACGAUUUUUGUUAAAACUUGAUAUUAAAAUUCUUAUAAAAAUAAUUUUCCAUUCAACUCAAUUUUUUUUUUUUUUGACUGCAAAAUAUGACCAACUAAAUAACCAAUCAAAUAAAAUGUACGUAAAAUCUCGUAGAAUUGAAAUGCCUAUAAAUAGCUCAAAAAUGGCAUAAGUAUUUUGAAGAUUUUAUUACGUCUAGAAAAUAAAAAUAUAAGUUUUCUGUCUAAAUUUCCAGUCUACGAAUAUUUUAAAAUGAAUUAAAAUAAAAAAAACAAAAUUAAAAAUAAAAACAUUAUUUUCGUAAAUUUUCCGGUGUUCCCGAUUAUUAAAAAUACUUGGAAAAUCAAAAAAUGACUUCUUUAAAGUACCAACUAUUUUUUUUUCAGAAAUGGUGCUGUUCUUGAAAAUUGAAGAUUUCGGGUAGAAAUUUUAUACACAAUGUAAAAAAAAAUAAUAAUAAAAAAAUAAAUAAAUAUCAUUGUAAAACCACUACAUUCCUCGUUCGCUCAGAAUCUAAAAAUUGACGCAAUUAUUGUUAUAGUUUUUGAAUUUUGUAUAUGGUUUUAUAACAAUCAAUUGAUAAAUUAUUACUACUAUUCUUGUUAACAAAAAUUUAACAUUUAAAUUUCUAGUCGGACAAUUUAAAGGCUAAAUUAAUUAGUUUUCUAUCUGUUUUAAUUGCACAGGGCGGAUAUCCGUAUUGGCUGUUGAAAGAAAAACCUAGAAUAAGACUCCGGUCUAGUGAUCCAAGUAAUAUAAACUCAUACAAUAAUUUCAUAAUUUCUAAAUCACGUAGAAACUACGAUUUUUAGAAACGAUACAUUUAUAACAUUUUAAAAUAUUUGAAAAUAGUAAAUUUUAUUUAAUAUAAUAAUGUAAGAAAUAAUUUUAAAAAAAAAGUUGUUUAACACAAUUGUGGGCACACCGAAUAAUUUUGUUAUAAAUGAUAUUUUUUCGUCGUUGAAAACCUUAGAAAUUUCUACUGUUGAAAACUGUAGGUACUACUGUAUAUAUGUAUUUAAUUAUAAUUAUAAAUGUAUAGAAUUGCUAUUCGUUUAACUUUUCUUUGUGUGUUUUAGGUCACACGAAAUAUGUACGAAGGUGGUUUUCAGUAUUAAUGCCGAAAAUUGUACCUCGUUUAUACGGGAACGGCGGUAAUAUAAUAAUGAUACAAGUGAGUUUAAGAUUUAAACAUAUAAAUUUGCAUGAGACUAAACGGCGUUAUGCAGAAGGCAACUUACCCACAAAUGUACUAUUCGGAUAUAAUUGGAGUUAUAGAAUAAUCGUAAUAAAUCUUACACCUCAAAUAGUGUCAUAAAUAUUUAAAAACCAGUUUUAGGAGAUCGAUAUCCUACAUCUCUUAAAUCUCAAUGACCUAGAGAAUUGCUAAUUUAUGAAAUUUUGCGUGAAAGUGGAUUACACGUGGUCAAGUACAAAAAGAGAUAAAACUAGCUACAAUUGUAUAACGAUCACUGUUCUGUUCGUUGAUUCGUAUUUUAAAACAUUUCUUGUGGCCAAAAAAAUCGUCAACAUAAUCAUUUCAAAAAUAUUUUAUAUUAUAUUUUUGUAUUUUGAAAACAUUUUUUGAGAGAGGAGGGCCGGUUUUUGUAAAAAAAAAAAAAAAAAAUAGAUACGGAAAAUACGUGAAAAAUAAAUAGAAAAACGUUUAAUAUAAUAAUUAUAACAAUAAUAAGUAUGAUCGGGGGAGAGGGGACCGAAAAGGAAAACUCGCGAAAAAAAAAACUGCGAAAAAUCCGGCCAACGACAGCCGGGAACUCUUACGAAUAAACCUAAUCUACCGACUUACCUAGUUACUACAAUUAGUAAAAAAAAAUUGUCGUUUUACGGGUAUAUAAGUUAUACUUCGAUUAGACGGAUAUUCGAUUAAUAUCGAAAAAAAGCGGUAUCGCUUGAUGACGAAAUAAAGUGAGCGCUUCUCGAACGUUAGUAUUUUAAAAAUAUUUUAGAAAUAAAUCUUAAAAAAUAUUUUCAAAAAGUAAAAAAUGAUUUUUUUGAAAAUAUAUAAUGUAUGUUAAAUCACAAAAUAUUUCAAAUAAAUGGUUUUUAAAAUAUUUACGAAAUAAUUUGCUUAAAAAUAUAUAAAAAUAUAUACGUAUUUGUAAAAUAUUUUUAAAAUAUUCAAUUAGAAAUAUUUUUAUUACGACGAAAUAUAUUUUAUAAAUGUAAUCAUCAUUUAAAUAAUGAUGAUUUUUUUUUAUGUGUGUCGUAACGCCUCAUUAACACAGGCGUUAUCAAUAAAUAUCUUUUUAACCAGAUCUACUAAAUAGAUGUAGUUUUACCACUCGUUUAAUUUCAUUUUGACGUGCUAGAUAUAUUAUCAUCUAUAAAUAAAGUUAAUUUAUAGAAUUAGUUUUGAUAAAAAAAAAAAAUACUUAGGUACCGUACGAUGUGUAUAUUAUUAUUAUGUGUCGUUAGAUUUGGAGAGUAGCAUAGGAUCCAUUAGUUUCACUAUAAUGUGACGAUGUAUGAUUUUUUUAAAUAAAGAGCGUAUUUUUUUAGAUUCUGAAUAGAGCGAAGAAGCUCAUAGUUUUACAAAGAUUUUUUUUUCUGUCGACAACUUUUUUUUUAGUGUAGCACCUUUUCUGGAAGGAAAUCGGUAUAGGGAUGUACUCAGGUUGUACCGAUUUUCCCGUACAGUUCAGUUGAUUGUGAUGUUUUGUCAACAAUAAAUAUGUCAUAUUAUGGUGAAAUAAUAAAAUAGGUAUUAUAUUUUUUCUUUAAUAAUAUUUGUUUUAUGUACCGAUUUUCCCGUGUUUCCUACGUUUUUCCCGGUUUUCCCAUGUUUUUUCCUGGUUUUUCACACUUUAUGAAAAAACGUCUGAGAAAAUACAAAAACGGCCUCCUUGAAAUACCUCCUCACAAUGAAUUCCUUUCAGAAAAAGUACUAAACUAAAAAAAUCUGAACAAGCUCUCUGGUAGAAAGGUUGUCCACAAAAAAAAUAAUAAAAAUAAAUAUCUUUGUAAAACUAUAAGCUUUUUCACUCCACUUUGAAUCUAAAAUCUUAUUUCCAGAAUAAUCAAUUUAUAUAAUAAACUGAAAUAAUAUAAAUAAUAUACUGUAUAGUUAUUAUAAAUUAUUAUUAACCAUAUUAGUAAUAUUUUACGAUAAAAUAAAAUGUAAGAAAACUAAAUUCCAAUUGAAUUUGCUCAUCAUCGUUUUUAAAACGGAAAAAGACUAUAUAUUUGAGAACUAAAUCUUAUAAUGUGCGUCAAAUUUUAAACUGAAACUUAUAUAAAAUGUAUUUUUGUGCUUUUAUCCACGAUACACGAUGUACGAGAUGUCAUCAAAAAGUACUGCUGUAAAGUCGAAAAUUGACCACCGUAAUAUUUGACCUCCUGAAUGUUUAUUCACUAGUAAACUAUCAGGAGGUGAAAUUCCACUUAGUAUUUUUUAAACCUUUCUAACCAUUCGAUUAUGUGAAAUGCUCUGUGCAAAAAGCUUUUGUCAUCAUAGUGGAAGAAAAUAUCCUCUUUAACCCUCCGAAAAGCUCUUCUUUUGGAUUCAUGAAAAUCAUAUUUUACAAAAAAAUCGGUUACAUCUGAACUAAGAAGGUUAUGAAGCUUCUACAAAAACCGAUGUGUUUAGGAGAAGUCGUCACAAAAGUCAGCGAUAUUAUCCUAAUGUUUUUUUAACGCGCCGUUAGCAUGCAAUUCAAACAGUACCUGUACUUUUUGAUCGCACUUCGUAUAGAUGUAAUCUAUUAUAUCUGUUGAUACUCAUGUUCAACUGCAUAAAACUAUGUCAAUGAAUAUUAGUAGCCAUCACUUGACGGUGUCAAAUUUAUUUUUAUUAGAUAGAAAAUGAAUAUGGCCACAAUAAUUUAAGUGGUAACGAUCAGAAAUACAUAUUUUGGCUGAGGGAUUUGUUUCAAAAAUAUGUACACGAUCAAGCUCUUCUUUUCACUACUGACGAAUGCGAUGCAAAUUACAUGGAAUUUGGUCACAUUCCGAAUGUUUAUUCCACGACUGAUUUUGCUCCGUCUCUUAACGGUAAGUUCAUAAAGUUGGGCAAUUAGUCAAUUUUGGAAAAAUUUUUGAAGGAAUUCGAGUAUAUUCAAAUAGACAAUAUUUUAUAAGACUUAUAAAAAUGAGUACUUGAUUGUUUAAUACAAAAAAAAAAAAAAUAAACGUAAAACUAUGCAUAAAUCUUAUAUUAUGUAUCUUGAAACACAAAUAUUUCCGAUAAAAAUAGGUAAAUAUCCUAUUGAUAGUUUGAAUUCAAAAAAAGUAUAAUAUAAUUAUUUUGUUUUCAAUAUUAUGAAGAAUAAUUAAUAACAUUCUAACAACCACAUUGAACCUUUUGGUUUGAUCUAAAGUACUAGAAUAAAAAAAAGUUAAAAAUUGAUCUUUUGAAAUUGAAGUUUGAAAUUAUAAUAUUUACCCAAAAAUGUGCUUAAGUUUUAAAUUUAUUUUAUACGUUUUGCAAUUUAAAUUGUUUAGGUAUUUGCAAUUACGAACAAAAUUACCAGAAUAAUAAUAAAUGCAACGGGUCUUUUAAAAUGUAUAUUUCCCCAGUUCUCCGAUUUUAAAAUCUGACGUUUUUCGUUGUCCAAUCAUUAGUAUCUUGUUAGUGUUGGAUAGUAGUUUAGGAUCAAUCGUUAGUAGAUAACAAGGUUUUUUUUUAAAAAUGAAUAAACCUUUGGUUAGAGAAAUGGUCAAAAUCGACAAUUUCAACAAUCAUAAGAUUUUCUGGGCCUAUUUUUUUAUUUUUGUGGGUCGUUACUAUUUUAUAGUAGAACAAAAUCGUCGUUAGUAGAGAAAAUUUUGUUUUCUCAAAUAAAUUAAUUCAAAUUUGCAAAACACAUCCAUGUGAAUUUAGUGUUAAAUGAAUUUUCACGUAAGUUAUACUUUCAUAAUGCUGUACAUACCCAGUAUUGAUAUUUAAAACAAUAAAUCCGAAUCCUAUUUAUAAUUAUUUAAUUAUUAAAUUCAUUUUUUUGUAAUAUUAUAAAUAUUUAAUUUCAAUAUUUUGCAAAUUAAUGAUUGGGCUAAGAAAAAUGUCGAAUACAUCUGAAUUGGCUAUUUUGUUCAUUUCUACAGUCCUCCGUUGAAUUUAUUAAUUAAAAAAAAAAAAUCUCAUUUAUCUAUUAAUGAUGAAUUCUGUUCGAUUAUACAAUAUUAACGGGAUACUAACAUUUCACCCACGAGAAUGACGAAUUUAAAAUUGAGAUGGAUGAGGGGAAAUGUACGUUUUUUUUUAAUAUACUAUAUAAAUAUAACCAAAAAAUACUAAAUAUUUAAUUAUACUGCAUAAUAAAUACGAAAAUUUAUAUCAUACUGACAAUUUUAUAUCUUCAAAAUAUAGAAUGUAACAGGAAAAAUAUUCAAGUUUGGCAAAUUGGCACAAAACCAAAUGUCUUACUGGACAUGUAAAUGUAUUAAUACAAGCACUAUGAUCACGUGAUAGCCCUUAUGAUUCUGUUUUAAAAACUAUUUUGCGAAGAACACUAUAUACUAUUCGUACAUUAUGAACGGCAUACAUAUUAUUAAUAGAGAAUUAGAAUAGAAUUAAAAUAGAAUAAAUUACGUAUGACGUAGUUACCGAAAUCAAUGGUACACACUGAAAUUUUGAUAAUUUUACUAUAAAUAUGGAAAAAUUAAACACUUAGUCGUAAACAUUUAAAUUUACAUCAUGAUUUCACAAUACAUGUUUAUUUGAGCACAGUAAAACAUCGUUAAAACGCUCUCAAAGAGGAAAUCGUAUUAUAAAACGGGAUUUCUUAUACAUUUAUUCGAUAGUGAAAAUAUUUUUGAAUUGUUAAAACUUCAAUUUUUGUGAAAAUUGCCUAUUUGUAAACUUUUAAAUACGAACGGUACCAAUAUCCCUUUUCAUAAAAAUUCGUGAAUGCGCGACAAGUUAGCAAACGUAAUUUCGAAAAACAAUAUUCUUAUAAAUAUAAACGGAAGUUGUACUAGGUAAACUUGAAAAAAUAUAUAGAAAAAAAUUCAAAAAUAUGCAAGAUGUAUAUGAAAUUAUUAUUUCUUUAAAAUAAAUUAUUUAUUAUAUUGUAAUUACGAGUAUUUAUAGUAAAAAAUACAAUUAUUUCAUCAAAAUUAGUUUGCAUUUUAAUUUUUUGUUUAAACUUUGAUGUUAUGCUGAAAACAAUUAUAAAUAUAUAUCUGUAGUACGCCUACGUUCAAUUUAAAUUAUUAUUGAGCAUUUAAAAUUUGUAAAAAGAAAAUGACACUUUUGAGUACUCUAUUAUUACCUCGAUUUUUAUUAUUAUUAUUAAUAUUAUUUUACAGCAACCGAAUGUUUUGGCUACAUGAGACAAGUGCAGAAACGAGGGCCUUUGGUCAAUUCGGAAUUUUACGUUGGAUGGAUUGCAUUUUGGGACGAACCGCGACCGGUGAGAAACACCACAGAAAUAAUCGACGGGUUCAAAUUAUUACUGUCACUAAACGCAUCAAUAAACAUUUUUAUGUUCCACGGUGGAACAAAUUUUGGAUUUACUUCGGGUGCACAUUCGAACGGAGAUACUUUGAAAACGGCAGACUAUAAACCUGAAUUGACGUCGUACGAUUUUUCGGGUCUACUGGACGAAGCCGGUGAUCCAACUGAGAAAUACUACGCUUUCAAAAAAACGCUUAAAGAAGCGGUAAUAUAACAUAAGAUCAAUUUUAUUUUCUUGAUUGUGUGGUGAUUAAAUAUUUUCAAAUGGGCAAUUUGAAAAUUCGAACAUUAAAGUUUUUUUUUUUUGGGAAAACGUGAGUUGUAAAAUUAACUAUUCAUACGAUGAGAAAUGAAAUUAAUACAACAUUACUUAUUAAAAUUAUUGGCAUUUUUAAUCGAAAAGCGCAAACAGUUCGCGAGUUCGCCAACUUUUUUCGCGUAGCAAGUGUAUUGAACAUUUUUAUGUAACAAUAUUGUACUCUCAACUGCGAUAAUUCGUUAAUAAAAUUUUUUUUUUUUUACAGAAUUUUCCUACAUUUUUCACUCCGAAGCGGGCACCGAAAGGGAAUUACGGGACGGUGAAUCUUUUGCCCGUGGCCAGUCUUUUAGAUAGAGUUUCCAGACGUCUUCAACCGGUUAUCAGUCAAGUACCACUGUGUUUCGAGGACAUAGACCAGGACCACGGUUUAGUAUUGUACGAAACGAAUUUACCGACGUUCGAAAAGCCAACGAAAUUACCGCUAAUCGUCGAAAAACUCCACGACCGAGCGAUAAUAUUUUUAAACACUGUGAGUUAUUGUUUCACCAAUAAUAUACAGUGUGGAAACGCCAACUAUUGAUAAUUAUUAGUACUCAAUAUCUGUGCAAUGAGUUACGAAAUUGGAAUUUCGUGUUUUAAAAGUGAAUUUGUGGAUUCUGUGUGGAGGUUUGGUUUUCCUACAAUGCGAUUUUUUUAUUUUUGAUGCCUGUAAACAAAUUUUCUUCUAAAAAUUUAGCUCCGAUUUUUAAAUUUAACAUCUUUUCUGAAAACAAAUUGUGUAGUUGGUGUACUGAGGAAGUCGUUUUAUAAUUUUUCGUGUAGUUUUCUUAAUAAUUACAAAUACGUUGGAAAAAAAAUGUAUGAAAUAUGUUGUAGAUCUUGACUGCAGAGAAGAAUGAAUUGUUAUUACUAUGUGAAUAUGUUUGUGUGUGAGUGUGAGUUUUCUACUUGAAGUCAUGCUCGAAUCCAAAAAACAUAAAAAAGUAUUUUUGUAAAACUUUUGAUAUAAUUUAUGAAUUGAAAAAGUCAUUUUUUGAUUUUCUAUGUAUUUUUCCUAUUAAUUAGGAAAAAACGAGAAAGUUUCUAGCAAUAAUAGCUUCACUAUUUUCGGCUUUUUAUUUUAGAUUUGGAGCGCGGUGAAAGAUCUAUUGGUUUUACUAUGAUGUGUUCUCUUUUAGAUUCGGAGUAGAGACAAUAGAGUGAAGGAACUUUGAUUUGAUUGGUUUGACGUGUAUUUUUUUUUUUUUUUUGUUUUUAUAUUUUUUUUUUUAAUGGCUUUGAACAACUUUUUUACUAGAAAUCUUACUCUACUUUGAUGCAUAAAAUAUAGUACCUUUUCUGAAAGAAAAUUUUGUUUGGUUGGUGCAUUAAACACUUAAACAUUAAACAUUUUUUAAUUUUCCAAGGUGUUUUCGAAAUAAUUGGGAAAAACCCGAAAGAAAAUUAUUGGUGAAAUGGCACAUUUGACUUGCUCAGAUUUCUAAGUGUAGCACCUUUUCUAAAAGAAAAUCGGUGUGUGGAGGUAUCUAAGGAGGUCAUUUUUCGAUUUUUUUCAAGUUUUCUCAUCAAAUUUAAAAAAAAAAAAAAUUUAAUUGUUGCUUUUUUGGAAUGAGUAAACCCUUGUGAUAUUUUAUGGCAUAUUACAAUUUUUAAACCGCCUCCCUCCUUUUUGAUUGAGUUUCAAUUACACUGCUACCCUGCACGAAGAUAUUAUUGAGCGUUUUUAAUAAUUAGCGUUUUCACAACUGUAUAGGUACAGGAAUUAUUGUUGUAAAACCCGCAAGAAAUAUUUUAUUUUACUAGACGACAUGAUAAUCGUAAAUUACUGGAAAUUGCAAUGUCCCUCACAGGUUGUCAAUACUCAACUCAUCGAUUAUUUAUUAUUUAUAAGUAUGUCGUGUAGUUUAGUCAGUGUCGGGCAAAAAAAAAUACGUCGACUACCACAAUAACUAAGAAUUACGAGUAUGAACACUUAAGUAUAUAAAAAAUGCUAUUAAGUGAAAUUUAAUUUUUAAUCGCGGUUAAAUUUCAUUUGAGAGCAUUUUUCAUAUCAUUUAAGAUUUAUUCAUUAAUAAAAUCAACAUUUAUUUUCUUUUUUACUUAUACAUGUAGUCGUUUGAAAGUAGAAAAUCAAAACGCAAUAAUUAAUAAUAAUAAUAAUUUCGAAUGCAAUAAUUCAUAAAAUAUAUUAUAAGAAUUUUACGUUUUCUAGAAUAUUCUCAAAAGAAUAACAAAUUUUACAAAAUGUAGUAUAUUUAACAACAAGUUUCAAGCGUUUCUUUGAAGGUUUACUGCAAAACAAUUAUUUUAAAAUUUAAAUUUAAAAAUAUUAAAAUAUUUCGUUUGAUUAUUUUAAUGAAAUCAUUUGAAAACAUCGUAAAUAUUUAAAAAAAAAUAAAAGAUAUUAUUAAUGAAAUUUGUUUUACUUUUUUCAGGAGAAAUUAGGAAUAAUGAGUCGAUCCAGUAAGAAUACAACAAUGGAAUUGUUGGUGUCCGGUGGUGACCAAAAGCUGAGCAUUCUUGUAGAAGACCAAGGCAGAGUUAAUGACAAGAGCUAUUUAGAGGAUAGAAAAGUGAAAAUAUUUUGGUUCGUUUAUUUUCCAAGUUAAUAAUAUAACAAUAAAUUGAUUUUAGGGGAUUUUGUCGAAUGUGACAUUGGGAAAACAUAUCUUAGGCCCAUGGGUGAUGACCAGAUAUCCGUUGAAUGAAACUUCGUGGUUGAACACUGUAAAUAUUCAACCAGAUGUCCGUUCGCCGGCGUAUUAUAAAGGAAUUUUCAUCAUACCGCAAAACAAAAAACACCCCAAACCUUUAGAUACGUACUUGGAUACGUCCGGGUGGUCAAAGGUUAGUAAAACAAAAAGAAUCCUGUUUUGAAUAUUCCAAGUUGAUUGAGUGUAUUAUUUAUUUACUACAUCCUACAAGUAUAAAAGAAACUUCGUAAAAUUAAAUAUUAUUAAAGAAAAUGUUAAAUACAUAUGUAAUUAUUUUAUCAUAAUAUGACAUAUAUAUUGUUAACAAAUCAACAAUAUUUAUUGAAAUCCACUCCGUAUCGUUUUUCGUAAGCAAUGGCUUAUUGUUGCGUAUAGAUAUAAAUUAAUUUCCCUUCUGUAUAUUACCUUCCAAACUUCUCACCUACAACAUCCAAAAAACUUGCAAAAAUAAAAGUUGUCAAUAACACCGUGGAUAGGUCACUGUUGUAGGUGAGUAAACGUGUAGUUGAAAAUUGUUUGAGUUAUCACGUGGAAAAUUAAAGGUAUUUUAAAUUUUUACCUUGUGUUUUCCGAAAAAAAAUAGCACACUUUUAAAAAACUAAAAAAGGAGCUUUAUCAUUCUAAAAAUCUAAAAGCUGAAAAAAUAUUGUGAAACAAAAUUUUAAAAAGUAUGGAAAUUUGAAUUCAGCGCUAUGUUCAAUAUCGUUUUUUUUUUUUUUUUUUAUCUGAUAAAUUGGUAUAAUCUAUUUAUUUAUUUUACAUUUUUCGACAAUCACAAAAUACCAGUUCUUUCCUAACCCAAACCGCAUAGUUUAAUCGAAAUUUAUACUGAAAUAAAUGUAUUCUUACUAUACAAACUGUUACAUUGUGUCAUUUAAACUACGCAAACGAUUUAGCUAAUUUCACUAAAAAAUACAUUAAUUUAAUUAACUUAUUUUACAUUUCUAAUUUAAAUAAGAAGUACAUAACUAAAAUGUUAAUAGGAUAGUAAAAAAAUAAAUAAAAUAAGAUAAUUAGCAUUAAAAAUAUAAAAUACCUACUUAAUAAUUUCGUUUAAAAUCUAUUUAUUUAUGAAUAAUUUUCAUCAUAUUCUUGGUUUGCAAAUAAAAUUGUUAGGUUUUUUACCAGAAAUAUUACUCCAAUCGAAAAAUCACAAUUUUGUUCGUUUUAACACUUCACCACUGACAGAGAGUUGUUUUUUGAUAUUUAAAGUAUUUUAUAUAAAUAUCGGUAAAAACACUAAAUUUAAAGUUUCUAUUCAUAAAGACUUGAUAUUUUGACAGAAAACUUUUAUUUGCUUUUAUUCUGUAGAUAAAAUUGUUAGAGUAAACAGAAAUUCUUUUAAGGUCAUCUUAAUCUAGGAUUACAAUUUUUUCCUUAUUCUCCCAAUAAAUUUAUAAGUAACUUAAUGAUGAGAGAAUUAUUUUAAAAAUGUUAUCAUGUGACAGAUAAUUUAGCCUCUAAAUAUCACUUUUAUAGUUAAUGAAAAAAUGGGAACUACCAAUUUACUGCAGAAAGGUCAAACAGGGUAUUAUUUAGAAACGUUAUGGUCACCUUUCCGUUAUGAAUCGGAAUUUCUAAGUGUUAUUUUCAGACUUUUUAACGAUCAUUUGUCUCUUUUCUGCAGUAAACUAUGGAUUUACUUAUUAUUGUGCUUAGUUCAAAAUGAUAAUAAAAUCAAAAUGAAUGAAAAUGGUAUUGUAUAUUGUUUUAUAAUGAUUAGGAAGAACUGGGAAAAAAGUAGUAAGAAAAACUUGAAUAUUUACGAUUUUGUGUUUCUAUUGUAAUUAAUUUUAAAAACAUAGUAGAACAAACACAUGUUUUGGAAAUAUUUCCAGAGUAUAUAUAAAUAUAUAUUGGCCUUUUCUAAACUUUAUUCCUUUUAUAAUAAUAUUUAUAUUAAUUUAAAUGUUUGAUUUGAUGUUGAUACAAUAUAUUUUGGCCAAUUAGAAAUGCUUGACAAUUGUAUAUGAGGUUUCAUAAAUAAUUUAUGUGUCCUAGCUCCACAACUUCCCAUCUACAGCAGUGGCUCAGGAUUAUCAGUAUUAGCUUUUUUUUUUUUUUUAGGGUGUUGCGUUUAUUAACGGAAUAAACAUCGGAAGAUAUUGGCCGGCAGUUGGUCCGCAGAUUACCCUAUACGUACCAGCUCCGUACUUGGUUCCGGGGCUAAAUACUGUGGUGAUGGUGGAACUCGAAAAUCCGCACGAAGAUUUCACCGUCAAAUUUGUUGACAGCCCACGUUUGGAUUGGUAG